AUGUCAACAACGCAGUCCAAUCUUCUUACAGCGGCUUUCUUGAGUACAGAGGAAUGGCAUCGCUUGAUCGGCGAGUCUAAAGAAGACCUUGCAAAGCUUGUUACAUACGAAACUGGAAAGCCUCUCGCCGAAGCACGAGGAGAAAUCGACUAUUCUCUGGGCUUCGCUUGGUGGUUUGCUGGUGAAGCUGAACGGAUUCAGGGCACAACUGGGGCGUCCAGCUGUGCAGAAAGAAGAGUGCUUACAAUCAAGCAACCUAUUGGUGUGGUUGUCGCUCUAGUCCCAUGGAACUUCCCUAUUGCCAUGAUCAUGAGGAAGGCUAGCGCAGCCUUUGCUGCCGGGUGCUCUAUGAUUGUCAAACCGUCACCCAAAACGCCUCUAUCUUGCCUGGCCCUAGCAGAUCUAGCCACCAGAGCUGGUUUUCCAGCGGGCACAUUCAACGUCCUAACGACCUCUUUGGAGAAUACUCCUAGCCUUUCCGAAGCUUUAUGCACUCAUCCUUUAGUCGCUAAGGUGACAUUCACAGGCAGCACUAGGGUGGGAAAAAUUGUUUCUGGUCUUUGUGCUCAGGGUCUUAAAAAGUGCACACUGGAGCUUGGUGGAAACUGUCCCGUUAUUGUCUUUGAUGAUGCUGAUUUCGGCCAAGCCAUCAACCAGAUCAUGGCAUUGAAGUGGAGGAAUGCGGGCCAAGCAUGUAUUACGGCAAAUCGAGUUUAUGUUCAAGCCGGCAUCUAUGAGAAAUUCGCCACUGCCUUCUCCGUGAAGACCAGCAAGUUCAGGACCGGUCACGGCGCUGAUCCGGCCAACAACUUUGGGGCUGUCACUACGCUUGCUGGUCUUGAAAAGGCUGCAUCACCCGUCAAGAACGUUCUCGAAAACGGGGCUAAGCUCAGAAACGGAUCAGGAAGACCUCUUGUGCUGUCUUCCUCAAAACCCAGGCUGGUGUCGUUGGCCCACUUGACGUCCUGUUCCUCUGUUUCAAACUUGAAGAGGCCGCCGACGGGACCAAAUGUUUCCUCUUUGGCCAUCUGCAUAUCUUGUGUCAUUCCAGUAAGAACCACUGGCUCCAUGAACUGGCUGGUGUUUCUUGCAAGCUAUGUGUUUACCAGGAACUCAGACCAUUUGUGGAGGUUGUUCGAGAAUCUGGAGGCAGGCAUGAUUGGCUUAAAUACAGGAAAUGGCUCUGCGGCAGAAAGUCCCUUCGGAGGCAUCAAGCAGUCUGGCUACGGAAAGGAAAGCGGCAAAGAUGUUGCUGUGGCAGAGUAUCUUGUUGAGAAAACUGGGACUUUGACAGUCAUGUGA